AUGGGGCAUCUGGUGGCAAUUUUACAACUACUGGGAAAGUCACGUGUUACACCUCCCAAGCCAGUUACAGUGUCACGUUUAGAAUUGACAGCCGUCACAAUGUUAGUGAAAGUGAGCAAUUUCCUGUGUAAUGAGUUAGAAUAUAAAGACAUCACUGACAGCAAGGUGAUUCUGGGAUACAUUGCAAAUGAAAGCAAAAGGUUCCACAUAUUUGUUGCCAAUCGAAUGCAGAAGAUCAGAGACUACACUGUUCCAUUAGACUGGAGGUAUAUAGAAACUAAUCACAAUCCAGCUGAUUAUGCCUCCAGAGGAUUGACUGCUCAAAAGUUGAAAGAAUGUACAUUGUGGUGGAAGGGUCCAGAGUUUCUCUCAAACAAUGAAGCACUGUUGUCAUCCACUGAACACAUUGACCCAGAGGUGAAAGAAGUCUCAGUCUACAGUACAAAUACCAAGAUCUUACAACAAGAGAAUGUCCUGAACAGACUGGAAUACUUUUCAAGUUGGUUCAAAGCAAAAAGAGCAAUUGCACUCAUUCUUCCAUACAAGAUGAUUCUAAAGGAACGUAUAACACAGAAGUCAAAAGGCAAGACAUGCCUGAAAUCUAAUGGUAUGAAGAAGCACUACACUCCUGUUAACAUUCAAGAAAUACAGGAAGCAUGUGAUCACAUUCUGUGGAUGGUGCAAGAUCAAUGCUUCCGUAAUGAGAUGCAUGUACUAAAGAGAAAGGAGCCUGAUGGCAAGAAAUCUGUGGUAGGCAAGAAAAGUUCUUUGUGGUCUUUAAAUCCCUUUGUGGAUGACAACAAUUUGCUGAGAGUUGGUGGUCGUAUUAGAAGAGCCACACUCCAUGAGGACAUCAAACACCCACUCAUACUGCCCAGACACGGACAUGUAACCAACCUUGUGAUUAACUACUUCCAUUAA